UUUUUACUUAUCACAAAAGAGACCAACCGAAAAUUUUCUUAAAGCCAAUAAAUAUUUAUUUUUAUACAAUAAGCACCACAAUGCGUGACGUUACUUCAAUUGUUUUCUGUCAAUUUUUCUCAGCUUGGAGCCACUCAAGCAUUUUUGGGAGUUUUAUUUGGAGAAGAAGAAAAGGGGGGAUGGAGGGGGGAGGGGGGUUACUAAUAUUCUCUCGAUUAUUUGUUCUCUCCAAAAUAUUUUUUAUUUUAGCCUUUGGUCUUGUUCUGUUGGGAGAGACAAUAAAAUAUAUUUUUUGA